UCCACGAGCGGCGCCAUUUCACUCGUUCAUUCAUUGGCGUCGAGGCCCACGUCGUUUCUCGGGGAUAAAGCCAGCUGGGAUUUCAUCAUGGUGAAAAUCUUUGUCGGUAAUCUUGCUUCGAGCACCACGGUGGAGGAGUUGCGCGAGCUCUUCACUCAGUAUGGUAAAAUCACAGAAUGUGAUAUUGUCAAGAACUAUGGCUUUGUGCACAUGAACAACAUGACUGAAGCAGAAGAGGCCAUCCGCAACCUCCAUCAUCAUGAGCUGAAUGGUGAGCGAAUGAAUGUGGAGAUGAGCAAAGGGAGACCCAAGUCCACCACCAAGCUGCAUGUCAGCAAUCUUGGUGAGGGUGCCACCAGUGACGAUCUGCGGACGAAGUUUGAGGAGUUUGGCACCGUUGUGGAGUGUGACAUAGUGAAGGACUAUGCCUUUGUUCACAUGGAGCGAGUGGAGGAUGCCAUGGAGGCCAUCAGUAAGCUGGACAACACAGCCUUCAAAGGCAAGCUGAUGAACGUACAGCUGUCCACCAGUCGGCUUCGCACUGCCCCGGGAAUGGGAGAUCAAACCGGCUGCUAUGUCUGCGGGAGACAGGGUCACUGGUCGAAAGACUGUCCAGUCGGUCGGAACGGUAGCCACAGUGACGGCAUGAUGGGUCGCAGCAACCGGGUCCUCCCUCGGGGUCCCCCAGGUUAUGGCAGGGGUGGCUACGGAAUGGCCAGGGUUCCAGGAUCUGAAUAUAUUGGUGGCUCUGCGUAUAGUCGAGCUAGUUACCUGAGUGGUCUGCCGCCUCCACCUCGUAGACUAAGCUAUGGGGCUGAGAUGGGUGAUAGGUACGCAAAUAGAGCAGCAGGCUCCUAUAUUGAUCGUGAUCGCUAUAAUAGUAGUGUUGACUAUUAUGAGAAGUACAGAGCACGUCCUUAUGGCACAAGCUAUUUCGAGGAACGCCGUCUCUCCUAUUUCCCCCCUCCCCCACCCCCUUCUUCCUCCCUUUCAAGGCUCUCCUCCAGCAUAGAUCCAUAUGACCGUCGGACACUGCCUCCACCUUCAUCGGCCACAGCUGCAGCCGCUUACUAUGCUCGGGACCGCAGCCCAAUCAGACGAGUACCAGUCACCUCAGCAAGUUACACCUACGAGCACUCACCCAUCUCGACUGUGUCCGGCACCAGAAGUUCAUCCUAUGGCGCCGUGCGAGCCAAGGACACUUACGCAGCACGCUAUACGCCUUACUAAAGCUGUAUUGCCAAGGUGUGUUUGUGAACUGCAGGACUUUUCCUUUGCCGCCAUUUCCCUUGAGCCGCAUGAUUUCAUCGAUCUAAGGGGUGUGCCACAAAACAAAGUGUACAAGAUGCCAUGGGAAAUAGGCUUGGGCAUCUUCCUUCUUAGGUGCCAGUUAGCAUCUUAGGUGCCAGUUGCCUGCAGAUGAAUUGUCCUUUAAUUCAUGAUAUAAACCGAUACUCACAUACUUAUUUUAUAGUUUUCAAAAAGGAUUAUUUGAAAUUUUGAACUGCACUGUUUGUAUGACUUUAAUGUACAAAUUGAUAAUUUUCUCGCUUGCUCUCGGGGUUUUCAAUUCAUUUCUUAAUGACGUGUCUCACCAUUUUGUGUUUCUUUCUCAUGAAGCAGAUUGUUAAAUGAAAUUUUUAAGUAAAGGUAGUUGAGACUUAUUUUUUUAUCAAAGAAAGUUGAAUCAAUUCAUCUGGACGCAACGUUUAUUGACGAGACACGUUUCAUCACUCAUCUAAGUGACCUCAUCAGUCUCAGCUGACUG